CACCGAACCAGGAAGCGGAUGUGUUGACGUUUUCAACGCAACAGUAUCCGGUUGUGAAGACAGGCUAGCAACUCGAAGCUUUAGCUAACAGCGAAACUGUAAAAGUUAUACCACAGAGGAGAAAAAAACCACCUGGUGAGGGCCGCAGCCCAACAAUGGAAGUGGUUUCCGUGUACCUGUCUUGUAUUUCGGGUCUUCGCGUCGUCUCCAGCCGGGCUAGUUAGCAGCGCUUGCUAACUGGUUUAUUAAAGCCUGACAAGUGGUCGGCUUCUUCUCGGACUAGCUGACGAAACAUAUCUGUCAUGAUGAGGAAAUAAUUAACCUAUCAAAGGUUUGAUAAGAGGAGCUGGGAUGAACUGGACUGUUUAUUCUUUGUGUUUUAAAGACUGUAACGACAGAUAGUGGGGACUGAGUGCAUGAUCUGGGGAUUUGAGGAGUGGGAUUAUAAUCCAGAAUAAGUCAGGGACUGAUCUCUUAAUAGAAAGUCUCAAAUAUGACGACGUGUCUGUUUCACUUUAAAGCUAAAACUUCCCUUGAUCGUUGUUGCUUGUUGUCUUUAUCUCGAAAGUUACAUUGUUGUCAUUCUCACAUUUAGAAAGUAUGAUCCAGAAGCAAAAGCAGAGAAUAAUGUAGUGUUUGUCUGUUGAACGUCAAAGUGUCACAUGUGUGUGAAGGUCCGGGUGACAGCUUGGAAAAGUAAACAGGUUUGACAAACAAACCUGCUAACAGGGCAUGUAACAAUAUUACAGCACUACAGGUACUGCCGGGUACAUCUCUGUAACUAGCACAUCGAUAUCUCGUUACUUGAAUUAGAAACAUUCCUUCAAACUAUUUCUUUGCCUUUUUGGCGACUUGACAUUUGAAGAUCACCUUUAUCUGUAUUGCUCUUUGACUCACAGUCUUGAAUUUGGUGUCCUCUGAGAGACACAGAUGGAGGGUAAGUUGCGUGGACUCAGUAACAGUUUAUUUAUGAUGCUUUCCACUUGAUCUUUACUGUGUAGCCCAGAUGGGAAUGUGAAGGAUCAGGUUCUUGAAUAUUUUUCUAAGUUUGGGCUGUGUUUUUAGUGAGGGUAGUGGUAAUGACUCUAUGCUUGCGAAGAGCCAAGUUGUAGUUGUAUUUUUGAGAUCUUACCCAGCUCCCACAAUGCCUGAUCUACUGUCCUUAUUGGUGCUGCUUGGAGCAUUAUGUGGCCCCGGAUGGGCCAUGUCCCAGGAGGAAAAGAGCAAGCUGAGGAACCAAGUGGUUGAGAUGUUUGACCAUGCAUAUCAGAAUUAUAUGGACCACGCUUACCCAGCAGAUGAGCUGAUGCCACUAACAUGCAGAGGAAGAGUACGUGGACUGGAACCUAGUCGAGGGGACGUAGACGAUGCUCUGGGAAAGUUCUCUCUAACCCUCAUUGACACUCUGGAUACUCUGGUGCUUCUGAACAAGACGACAGAGUUUGAAGCUGCAGUGAGGAGGGUGCUGAAGGAUGUGAGGCUUGACAAUGACAUCGUGGUGUCAGUCUUUGAGACCAACAUUCGAGUCCUUGGAGGUCUGUUGGGAGGGCACUCUAUGGCUUUGAUGCUGAAGGAGGGAGGACAGAACAUGCAGUGGUACCAAGAUGAGCUCCUGCACAUGGCCAAGGAUCUGGGUCUCCGUCUGCUGCCAGCCUUCAACACCAGCAGUGGCUUGCCUUAUCCCCGGGUGAACUUGAAAUACGGUGUCAGGGGUCCUGAGACGAGAACAGGCACAGAAACAGACACCUGCACUGCCUGUGCGGGAACCAUCAUCCUGGAGUUCGCUGCGUUAAGUCGCUUCACUGGAGAUCCUGUGUUUGAGGCCCAUGCCCGAAGAGCCCUGGACUUUCUGUGGGAGAAGAGGCAAAGAAACAGCAACCUGGUGGGAACCACCAUCAACAUCCACUCUGGAGAGUGGGUCCGCAGGGACAGUGGAGUCGGAGCAGGAAUUGACUCCUACUAUGAAUACCUGCUGAAGGCCUACGUCCUCUUGGGAGAUGAUCAGUUUCUGCAGCGGUUCAAUAUUCACUAUGCAUCUAUAAUGAAAUACAUCAGCCAGCCUCCACUGCUGCUGGAUGUCCACAUCCAUAAACCUCUCCUCCCUGCUCGCACAUGGAUGGACUCGCUGCUUGCUUUCUUCCCUGGACUACAGGUGUUGAAGGGAGAUAUUCGUCCAGCCAUCGAGACUCAUGAGAUGUUGUAUCAAGUUACAAAGAAACACAACUUCCUCCCGGAGGCCUUCACUACUGAUUUCAGGGUACACUGGGCCCAACAUCCCCUGAGGCCUGAGUUUGCAGAGAGCACCUAUUUCCUUUACAAGGCCACAGGAGACCCUUAUUACCUUGAGGCAGGUCGCACCAUCAUGGACAACCUCAACCGCUUUGCUCGUGUCCCCUGUGGCUUUGCUGCAAUGAAGGACGUACGCACAGGGAGCCAUGAGGACAGAAUGGACUCGUUCUUCCUCGCUGAGAUGUUCAAAUACCUCUUCCUGCUGUUUGCUGAUGCUGAGGACCUACCUUUUGAUGUGGAGGACUACGUCUUCACAACUGAAGCACACCUGCUGCCCCUGUCCCUCUCCACUGCCCCUCACUCUACAUCUAUUCCAUCAAACAAAACGUCAGAAGAGGAGCUGGAUGACUCUAACUUUGAUUGGACGUGCCCAAACACCCGGCUCCUGUUUCCUGACCCCGCCUUCCCUCGUAACCUGAGAGAGCCGAUUCGCACUGCUGUGGACAAGAGCUGCCCCCGGCCUGCUCCUUACCGGGAGCUUGGUAUGGGACGCCCUCCUCUGAGAGCUCAGGACUUCAUGGCCAAUAAUCCUGAACAUCUGGAGCUGCUGAGGAGAAUGGGAGUCAGUCUCAUCCACCUGAAAGAUGGCAGGGUGCAGCUGGUGCAGCAUGCUACACAGGCGGUGAGUGCGGUAGCAGCAGAGGACGGCGUACGUUUCAUGCAGGAGAUGAUGGAGCUGUCCAGCCAGCAGCAGAAAGAGCAGCUGCCUCCCAGAGCCAUUCAGAUCGUCUCCCAUCCGUUCUUUGGCAGGGUUGUGCUGACGGCUGGCCCAGCACAGUUUGGCACAGACCUGUCCAAAAGUUCCACAGGGGUGCGAGGCUUUGUGACUGUGGCUGAACCCUACAGCGGCUGUUCUGAGAUCACCAAUGCUGAGUAUGUUCAGGGCCACAUCGCCCUACUUCAGAGGGGUCAGUGUAUGUUUGCAGAGAAGGCCAGAAAUAUCCAGAAGGCUGGCGCCAUCGGAGGCAUAGUCAUCGAUGACAAUGAGGGCAGCAGCAGCGACACGGCUCCCUUGUUUCAGAUGGCAGGUGACGGCCGCAACACAGAAGACGUCACCAUACCCAUCCUCUUCCUCUUCCACAAGGAGGGAAACAUCCUGUUGGAGGCGCUUAAGGAGUACAGAGAAGUGGAGGUGCUGCUGAGCGACAAAGCCAGAGACAGAGGUGUGGUUGCGCCGGAAGCGGAGGAAGAGCGCUUUACUGAGGCAACGACUCCCACCUCUUUCGAUCCUGUGAGCCAAACGCAAACGAGCACAUUGGAGCAGAAUGAACUGACUCCAGAGGAGCUUACUCCAUCGCAAGAGGAAGUCAGCGCAGUAGAUGAAGACACUAGUCCCGCAGAGGAAGUGACAUCACCUGAAGAGGAAGUAACUCCAACACAAGAAGAAGAGGAGGAGGAGGAGGCUGAUGUGGCACAGCCCAAGGAGGAGAGAGACUCUGAGGAGGGAGAGGAGCCCGAGGGCGACACAGACUCAAGCAGCCAGUCAGUGGACGAACUGCUGGCUGACUGGCGGGAAGACUUGGAGGCGUUCCAGCAGAUGGAGAAAGAUGAGCUCUGACAGUCGUCUAGCGCGUGCUGACCUGUGAGCGCAGGUUUGAUCCCACUGUGGGUGGGAAACCUGGAGGGGACACAUCUUCACACCAGCCUCGAUGUGAUGACAGCUAAGGAGGCUGUGGAGAUGUCUUUCAUGUGCCAAGAAAGCCCACAUACUGUAUCUGUGGACCAUAAGGGAGUCCUUUUUAGCCUGGUAGAUUACAGCUGAGACACCAGGGUUUUUACCUCACUUUCUCAUACAGUUUCUGUUUAUGUGGUUACAAUGAAAUGAAUGAAAAGGACCAGAUAGUGUGUAACAGCCUCUCAGUUUCUACUCUUAUCUCACUCUGUUGUUCUCUCUAUGCAUUUCUGUCUCCUUUUACUCAAAUCAAUGCUGGUCCAACAAGUCAUUCUAACUAAUUAAUCCAUCGACCAAUUAGCUUUUAUUGAAAUGUGAUGAUUAUUUGUGAUGAGACAUUAACUGACGUCAUGGUCUUGGCCCUAAUCAUAUUGAUGUAUGUUAAGGAGUGAUUCACGGGGGAAUAAGCUGCAGGAUAUUUUUAUGGCUUUAUGGAGGACAAACUCAACACCAAACUCUAUCUCUGUGGAGGAUAUAUGAAGUCAUAUGUAAUGUACAUAUGUAUUUGUUGAGAUAUAUUGACUGACUAUAUCUAUGAAGUGCUGCUUUGCUCAGGUUCUGGUUCAUCCCCACAAACAACAACCUCUGGACCACAACGGGUGGAGCAGACACACCCUCAGCAGCACUGCGAGAUGGAUCACACAUCUGCAGGCAGCCACAGGAGGGCGCUGUGUGAUAUGAAUGUCAUGCUGUUGCUGCUGACUGAUUGGUUGGGGGAGAAAUAAGCCAAUAAGUUAAGAUAAUUAAAUAAAAUAAAAGUUGAGAGGGAACUCGGGAA